AGGCUGAGCUGAGCUGAACUCAUGGAGGCUUGCAUCUAUUGCGUGCAGAUCAGCAAACACACAUACACACUCACAGCCUUAGAAUUGAGUCUCUUACCCUCUUUGUUACAUCUUCUUUAUCCUCAUAUUCAAUCAGUUGAGACGAUAGUCGCUGAUCAUCGUCGUCACUCAACUCAAACAUACACUCUACUAUCUCCAGCCACGAAACUACAACCUCAGGAACCUCAAAAAUGAACAGAAAUCGCAACUACAGAACAGGCUCCUUCAACUCCAUCUCUCGUCCCUACCUCCCCUCAAUCGAUGAGAACGAAAUCGCCUCUACACCCUCAUCUCACAGCCCCCCAACACCUCCCCUGCGCAUCCCCAGGAAGUCACCGCGGCGCGCUCUUCGCAACAAUGCAAUCCCACCGGCGUAUAUACCUAGAGGACGAGUAUACUAUGCUCCGCCCGUGGUGCACUAUACCCCGCCACCUAGCUACAGCUACAGCGAUGCUAAGGGCAAAUUCCUAGAGCAUGAGUAUUCAGAAGCUGGGAGUUGUAGAGAGAGGAGAGUUUGUGGACUUGAUAAGCGCAGAGGAUGUUGUUUGCUGGUUAUUGCGCUUGUGGGCGUUGCUAUUGUUGCUGUUGCUUUGGGUAUUGGACUUUCGAUAGGGUUGAAGGACGAAGACAGAGCUCCUCCACAGGAGACUUACACUUCAGAACUUCCAGCUGCAUUCCCGGCUGGUUCUUUCGCCUUCAAAGCAGAUCUCCAAAACACCACCACAGACUGUACUUCUAACCCCUCAACUUGGCGCUGCUAUCCUUAUGAAAAGGGCUCAUCAGCAACGUUCUUCUGGAUAAUCUCAUCCAACAACGACUCCUCAUAUAACAUCUCAUCCACUGAAAACCCCUUUGCACCAUCAUUCACGAACUUGACCCUCAAGGUUCUCGACAAGGAUACAUCCCAAGAGCGUCUUCAGUUUUCUUUCUCAAUGAACAAGACGAUCGUCCCGGAUGAUCAGCUCUCGUCGAGCAACCGUGCAGCAAAGUGUACGUUUGAUGAUACGCUUUUCGAAGCUACACUGUGGACGCAGCGGAGGAGAGGUGAUGAGGCAGCUGAAAACACAAAGUUUGCGGCUUGGCCGGGUGAUGUUGAUGUUGUUCAGCGCAAGACAUUUGAUGGAGGAUCACCAAAUUGUGUGGAUAGCGAGGGUGGUCAAGUGGGUGACGUAAAGUCUGAGUCUGGAGCGUGCGAGUGCCGCUAUGCAAACUACGAUAUUAACUAGAUUGUCUCUAUCUGUAUUUAAGCUGGACGAGUUAAUGUUGGGACUUGGUUACGAGGAAACCAAGGUGGAUGGAUAGGUUUGGAGUUAGUGAUACCCAGGACCAACAUGUUCUAUAAUCAAUUAUAUUGGAAACGAAAAAGCAAUGACACGCGAGAAACAGUUCUAUAU